AUGGGGGAACCAAAAUUAACACUGGUGUUUUUCGUCUACAUGUUCUGUCUGGUGAUGUUGUUGUCAUCCAUGUAUGCUUGUGGUUAUAGUGAAAAGUCUCACCCACCGACAAAUCCUGGCACUCUGGGCACCCUAGGUACACCAGGAAGAGAUGGUAAACCAGGAAAAGAUGGCAAACCAGGAAAAGAUGGAGCACCAGGACAACGUGGCACAUUAGGAGGACGUGGUACUCCGGGAGGACGUGGCACACCGGGAACUUCAGGCGGCACACCUGGAACUCCAGGCACACCGGGAACUCCUGGUACACCUGGAACUCCGGGUACUCCAAGACCUCCUAACACUCCACAUACUCUUAGCGCUCUUGUCUCAACAAAAACUAGAAGCAACAUAGGAGGCCCUGGAGCACCGAGUGUUCCGGGAACACCCGGUGCUCCAGCCACGUCAGGAACUCCUGGCACACCAGGAACUUGUGGUGGCAAACCAGGUAGUCCUGGCGCACCAGCUACCCCAGGUACUCCUGGCACACCAGGAACUCCUGGCAGUCGAAGCACUCCUGGUUCACCAGGAAUUCCUGGUUCCCCGGGAAUUCCUGGUGUUCCAGGAACACCAGGAGCACCGGGUACUCAUUGUAUGUGA